CGCUGGUUUCUGCGGUAUCUCCUGUACUUCCGAAACCCGACUUACAUAUCCCACGAAAAAAGUGUCAGAGUUACACAUCUGUUGUCAAUGCAGCAACACAGAUUUCUCUGCAUGAGAGAGAAAACUUGCACUGCAGAAAUCCUACGGGAUAAAAACACGUAUGAAGGAAGGCUCCUAUGCUUAUCCGGCAUGACCGAGGUUGUCUGUCAUGCUGGGCUUACAUAGACUAUGUGUGUAACUGUAACACUUUUUUCUUGCGAUAGUACAAAAUUUUUCUCGACUACCCGGUCGCCGUGGAACUUAUUGCGAGGAAAAAUCCCCCCGCCUCCCCAUACUUCUGUGCUGCUAAAAAUUUGUCAUGCUGAUUUGUGACCACAAAUCCUGUCUCUCGUGCAAGAGGGCAAAGCCAAAGAAUCCGCCACCUUACGCUGGCGAUUUGUAAUGCUGUUGCGUUUACAUGGCAGGCCUCUGCUGUGCUAAGCACCUACACCAAAUAACAACACCCCUACGCAGCAGGCUUAGGCUUUGCCUGCAGUGCCUCACUGCAAGACAGAGCUGAUUUGUCGUGUACACAAAUCCCGCAUCAGAGAUUUCCACUUUGCUAUGGGGCCGCGGGGGGAUAGUUUUCACUUUGAUAAAACUGCUGGAGAUUUUGCUCGUGGAUAAUUGCAAGCUUUUGACGAUGUGGUCGAAAAUUCUGAACGAAUACAAAAUCGACAGCCUCUCGACCUCCUCGAUAUGGAUGUGUCAGAGUUGAAAUCGACAAAGUUGAAAGGAUUUGUCGUGCAUAAAAUGCGACACAAAGUAGACUGACUCCAUUGCUAAAGGCGCAAGGGAGGCAGAUUCUAGUGCUGGUAAGGGUCAAGAAUUGGGCUGCUGACUAGCAUGACAGGGAGCAGCCACCUUUCCCUAAACAGCAUGACAGACUUGCUUCAGCGGCCAGGAAAAUUUGUCAUGCGCCGAUUGGAAACUGUGGGUCCAGCUGGAAUAGAUUUUAUGCAUCACAAAUUAUUUCAACUUUGUUGAUUUCAAUCCUGACAGCUCCAUACUCUAUCUCUGGCAGUUACAACACGUUUUU